CAGUUCUCUGGCCCGGAUAGCUCCAAGAGAACUAAGGAAAAGUGGGAAGAAGUUGCUGCGGAUUUAAAUGCAAUCGGGGGAGCCAAUAAAAGUGCUGAGCAGUGGAAAAGAUGUUGGAUUGAUUGGAAGGCGUCCAUAAAGCAAAAAUUUUCCGCAAUCAAAAGGUUUCAAAACCAGACGGGAAACCUUCCAAGCUGUUUAGGACCAGAGCCAUUAGAUAGUUUGGAAGAAGAAGUGGUUAACUUCAUUUUGGUAUCGGAUGUUGUUGAUGGUGAUGCCAAAACUGUGGAGGGUGGAUUCGAUAUACCUCUUCCGGCGCUCGACGAUGACAUUAUAUGUAUGGAAAAGGAGUACCUGAAUCAGGAUGUCAUUGAGGUAUCUGUCAGCAAGACCACCUGCUCCAAAAACAAAAGCCCGAUAAACACGCCACGGCGGAAAAUAGCUAAAAAUUCGAAGCAGAGCAAGGAACCACUGUAUUCGGAGCUAGAGAAGGCAAAAAAAGAACUUGAAGCUCGCCUUUCCAGUCAGGAGAGGUGCAUGAAUGAGGUGAAAGAAGAGCUGAAAUAG